AAAAAAGUAGGCGGGCUGAACAGUGGACUGCUAGGAGUGACGAACUGGGACCAUGGGAUGUGUGUUGUAUCCUCUUCUGAGUCCAUGUGAACUCUAGUGGGAUAUUCAGGUGUGAGAAGAUAGACAGUUUACAGUGGAACCUACAGAGGAGAGGACCAACAACAACUGGGAGAGCAUCAGUGGCACUUACCUUUUCUUCACUUCAAAAACUCUACCUGUUGACAGUAACAUGCCCCUGACCCGUUCCUUGUCCAUGACGUCACUGAGCGGUCUGCCUCUGUGGGAUGAGGAAGAUCUACCUGUAGACGACCUGCUGCUGUUUGAGGUUGCCUGGGAGGUCACUAAUAAAGUGGGUGGGAUCUACACAGUGAUCCAGACCAAGGCCAAGAUAACUGUGGAUGAAUGGGGGGAGAACUUAUUCAUGAUGGGGCCGUACUACGAACACAACUUUAACACCCAGGUGGAGCAGUGUGAGCCCCCCAACCCAGCCAUCAAGAAAGCCAUGGGCGCCCUCAUUGACAACGGCUGCCUGGUGUACUUUGGGCGCUGGCUGAUUGAGGGCAGUCCCUAUGUGAUCCUAUUUGACACGGGGUCAGCAGCCUGGAACCUGGACCGAUGGAAGGGGGAUCUGUGGGACACCUGUGGUAUCGGCCUGCCCGCCCAUGACAGAGAGGCCAACGACUCGCUCCUCUUUGGAUCCAUGGUUGCCUGGUUCUUUAAAGAGUUAACCGACGAGCUUGGAGACUCGCCCAAUGUCCUCGCCCAUUUCCAUGAGUGGCAGGUCGGGGCAGGACUUAUUCUCUGUCGCUCACGGAAGAUUCCCUUGGCAACCAUCUUCACAACCCAUGCCACUCUGUUGGGAAGAUACAUCUGUGCCGGAAAUGUUGACUUCUACAACAACCUGGACAAGUUCAACAUAGACCAAGAGGCUGGUGAGAGGCAGAUCUACCAUCGCUACUGUCUGGAGAGAGCUGCUGUCCACUGUGCCCAUGUCUUUACAACUGUAUCCCAGAUCACUGCUGUAGAGGCUAACCACAUGCUGCACAGGAAACCAGAUGUGGUGACUCCGAACGGAUUGAACAUCAAGAAGUUCUCAGCCAUGCACGAGUUCCAGAACCUUCACUCCACUAAUAAGGGUCAGAUUCAGGAAUUCAUCAGGGGACACUUCUAUGGUCAUCUGGACUUCAAUCUGGAGAAAACUCUCUUCUUCUUUAUUGCUGGACGAUAUGAGUUCUCCAACAAGGGAGUUGACAUCUUCCUGGAGUCACUGUCCAGGCUCAACUAUCUGCUAAGGGUGCAUAAGAACGACGUCACAGUGGUGGUGUUCUUCAUCAUGCCAGCCAAGACCAACAACUUUAACGUAGAGACGCUGAAGGGUCAGGCGGUACGCAAACAGCUCUGGGACACUGCUCACACUGUGAAAGAUAAGUUUGGCAAGAGGCUUUAUGAGGCGUUGUUAAAAGGAGACAUCCCUGAUAUGAAGACCAUCCUGGACAGAGACGACUUCACCAUCAUGAAGAGAGCCAUCUAUGCCACACAGAGACACACCCUUCCUCCAGUGACCACUCACAACAUGCUGGAUGACACCUCCGACCCCAUCCUGGCCAACGUGAGACGCAUCGGCCUCUUCAACGCUCGCACUGACCGAGUCAAGAUAGUGUUCCACCCAGAGUUCCUGUCGUCCACCAGUCCCCUGCUUCCUAUGGACUAUGAGGAGUUUGUACGAGGCUGUCACCUGGGGGUCUUCCCUUCUUAUUACGAGCCCUGGGGAUACACACCAGGUGAGUGUACUGUGAUGGGGAUACCCAGUGUGACCACCAACCUGUCUGGCUUCGGCUGCUUCAUGGAGGAACACGUGUCAGACCCCACAGCAUAUGGGAUCUACAUAGUGGACCGGCGGUUCCGUUCGGCAGAUGACUCGUGUAACCAGCUGACCCAGUUCAUGUUCGGGUUCUGCCAGCAGUCCAGACGACAGCGCAUCAUCCAGAGGAACCGCACAGAGAGACUGUCGGACCUGCUGGACUGGAGGUACCUGGGACGGUUCUACAUGCACGCCCGGAGCCUGGCUCUCAGCAGGGCUUUCCCUGACAAGUUCAAGAUGGAGCCGCUGGCCCCGCCACAGGUGAGACAGAGGGAUUCCGUUACCCCCGCCCCGGCUCUGUGCCCCCCUCCCCCUCGGCGUCGGUGCAUUCCACUCCCCACCACAGCGAUGAGGAGGAUGAUGAAGAGCCGUAUGAUGAAGAUAAGGAGGCGGAGAGGGACAGGCAGAACAUCAAAGCCCCAUUCACUCUGGGUGCCACGCCCGAGGGCAAGAAGACACACCCAGGAGAGUCUGCCAACUGAGAGAUCUCUCGCUACGAGCCUGGGAUGGCCGAGCCUGGGAUGGCCAACCCUGGUCCAGCCCAGAACGUACAACAUUAGCUCUGUCUCAAGUAGCUGUUACACAUACUACCUAUGUAUAUUUUCGAAGAGAAAAUGCCUAUUCUUUUGAUGCUAAAAGUCCCCUCACGCCCAUAGGAUAUGAGACAUGAAUAGUUUAAUCAAUAGUUAUAUUUCAGGAAUUGCAUUGAGACGUCUCUCGCUCUAUAGCCUGGGAUGGCCAAACCUAGUCCUGAACACAUUACUUCUAUGAUCAGAUAUACCCUCAGACAAGUGUUGCUAUGAAUUCUAAAUCAUUUUAUUCCACAUUUGAUGAAAUAAUACAUUCAAACAUGUUCAGUGUAGCCGUACUUAAGAGUCCAGUGUUUUUCUCACAUCGCAUUACAUAUUCGACAUCCAACAAGAGAUCAACAGAUGCAAUAGAUUAGAAUGUUAUCAACAAUAAUAAAUGCAUUCUGAAACGCA